CUAGUUCCAGCUCAAAGAUCCGCAGAGGAUGGCUUCACCGGUAAGUUGAUUGUCCUUUCCUUCCCCUCUAGUGAGGCUCCUAAAAACCUCAGUACUACUCUCUCCAUUUACAUUUUCUGCAAAGGCAAGUCCCUUCUUCUCAACUGAGUCAGACAUCAGAAUCUUGAAGGCAGCCAGGAGGUAAACUGGCUCUAUGGGGCAUUAGGUUGGCAGGUGUAAGUAUAGUCCUUUUAAUAACUAAUGAUCUCCAGUCUAAAGAAAUAGCCAAUUUAGGAAGACUAGGCUUCUGAAGAGAAAAACCUCAGACUUCCCUUAGCUUUUAUCACACUUAUUUUUUAACCUACUCGAAUGUCAUUGCCAGAUUCAGCUUUUAGCUAUUCCACCAGUGUUCAGUCUCCAUUCCUCACCCGUUGUGUCUGCCCACCUCAAACCAUGAUCUCCUUAGUUUGACUACAUCGGAUGUCAGCCACCUGCCCACCCUGAGUUAUGUCUGACCUCAAUUACUUGCAAUAUCUUCCUGACUUCUGCCCUAAUUAGACUUGUGCCUCUUGUAGAACUGGUUGCCAACAGCAACCAUCAGAGAAACUUCAGUCAAACAGCACACCCUUUCCUAGUAUCAUUUUGAUAUGUAUGGGCAUGAUAAAACGUUAGAAUUUCACAUUCAUUUUGGUUAACUGUAUAUUUAUUUUCUGAGACAGCACCAAAAAAAAAGUCUUUCAAGUCUCAUACUGGGUUAGAGGUGGGUCUUCUGCAUACUCCCAAAUGAUGAAAGAAAAAUAACAGGACUACGACCCUCAGGAAGGACACUGACCUAACAUUCAGUCUGGAGCUUGUUUUCUUCCUAAGCUCUAUGAAGUUAUGUCAUCUCCUGUAUUUGUUUCCUAGGGCUGCCAUAAGAAAGUUCCAAACACUUGAAGGCUUCAAACAACAGAAAUGUAUUCUUUCACUGUUUUGAAGGUUAAAAGUCCAGAGUCAAGGUGUUGGCGAGGUUGGUUCUUUCUGAAGGAAUAUUCUGAGGAAAAUUCUGUGCCUGUGUCCUAGUUUCUGGUGAGGGCUGCAAUCCUUAUAUUCCUUGGCUUCGAGGUGCAGCACUUCAGUCCCUGCCUCCAUCAUCUUCACAUGCCAUUCUUCUACAUGUCUCUGUGCUCUUCUUAUAAAGACACAAGUCAUCUUGAAUUAAGGGCCCACCCUCCUCCAGUAUAAACUCCUAUGAACUUCUCGCAUCUGCAACAACGCUGUUUCCAAAUAGGGUCACAUUUUGAGGUACUGGGGUCUGAAACUUUGACAUAUCUUUUUGAGGGAUACAAUUCAAUUCAUAAUAUCCCUUCACAUUUUUACCACAAUAUUGAUCUUGUUUUUUAUGAGUUCCAAACAGAAUUUCUUAUGCUGUCCUGAAAAGAGCACACAUGGCUUUGGGUUUAGAUAGAUGAGUCAACCCCAGCUUCCUCACUUAGUAUCUCAGGAGAUGUUUCCUGUUUUGACCAGUUUUCCCAUCUUCAAAACAGAGAUAAUAUCUACCUUGCGAAUAAUUGUGGCUAUCAUAUUAAUAAUAUGUGUCCUAGUACAUAGUAUAUUCUCAAUAAAUUCUAUCAAGACUUCUCUUCUUAAGUAAUUGUUACGUAGUAGAGAACAACAUAGCAAUUUUUAUUAAAAUGAACCUUUUCAUCAAUGCUCCCCUUUCACUUAAAUGCUUCCUCUUGAUAAGGAACUUCUGUGUAAGUGUAUAUACAAUCAUACAAAUUGCCAAAAGCAUUACAAAGCCCUUUCAGCUUGUCAGCUUGUAAGCCUCUGACAAAUACAGAGAAUUGUGUGAAAAUGCUUUAAAACAACUGCUCCUAGCAUUUUGGUCAGAAUGUAUUUAUUAGACCAUACCUUAUACUUGAUUGUGAAAAUAAACAAGGACAUAAAUGAUCUGGCUUUAAAUGCUCUAUAAAAUCUGCAUUACAAGACUCUAUGAUUCAUACAGGAAGCUUCUAUUUUGGUGUGCCUGGGUAAAUUUGGCUAUGCAAACUUCGAAUAGCCUUUGAGUUGAAAAACGCAGUUAUCGUUUACUGGCUGACAACCUUUUCAAGGGAGAGAGAGGCAGGCACUGUACGACCAAAGAUAACUUUACUUAAUUAGUUUUUGGAAGAUUAUUUUCUCCCCUUAGUCUAUAGAGAAACAAAGGUCUGUCAGCACCAGAUGCAUCUGAGCUUUGCAGAUGUGGUUGUGGCUUCUUGAAAUCUUUAAAGAUUCAUCUAAAAUAUGCUUUCAGGUCUCCUUUUUGUGAAACUUUGACAGGAUAAUAGAAUUAGAUUUGCUGAAUUUCACUAAACUGUAAAGUAAUGUGUCAUCAGCUUCACUUACUUUCCAAAAAAUAUUUCUCUCUGGUAAUACUCAUCAAUCUAGCUUUUCAACCCCUAAACAUGAAACUCUGAAACAAAAAGGAUGACUCCAUCAGUUACGCAAGUGACAAGAUGUUAAACAUUUAACACUCCCACAUAGUAGCACCAGCUGCCUCUGGAUGAAGCAGAUUUGCUUAGAUUUGGCAUAGAGGAAAAAAAGGAAGACAAGGAGAAGAAAAAUGAAAGGAAGAGGAACUCCUCUUGCAGUGAGAAUGCAAAGUUCUCUGCAGAUGUGCAGGAGUCUGAAGUGGGAUGUGCCUACUGCACAGAACUUUUCUCCUGAGGGAACAUUGCAAAGACAGUCAUCAUCAGGUUCUCAACUCCCACUACCAGUGCCCCUGCAUCCCCACCAUUUCAUGGGCUCACUCUGAUAAGAGCCCCUAGUACACUGGAUUAAAAUAAUGAAGGGAUGGGGACUCAGUACAUUUCCACAUCCCACUAUAAUUGCUCAAUAAAUAUCAGCUGAACAAACGAACUAGAAAAGCACACAUGGGCCUCUGGGUCAUUCGGACUCUCUCCACAACCAUUUCCUUACCUUAGGCACCUAACUCUGCUGUAAUCAUAGGCCAGUGAAACAGUGUCGACUGAGCAAGCUGUGUGCUAGGUUGAUUCUAACAACAGAAUCCCUUGACUUUGUUAACAGCCCCAAACUGGCAUCAACUUUAAAGAGUCAAGACUAUUUUCCUCUUUAAGUGUCUUAUCAAGAGGAAUGUUAGUAAAAGGGCAAAAGUCACCUACAGUUUUCCACAGUGAGCCAUUUACCUGGAUGAGGGACAGGAAAGGCCACCUUUAGGUGAUCACACAGGGACCCCAUCAUAAGGCUUGUUAACAGAGAAGUUUUCCUUGUAGAGUGAGGCAUGCUGCAGGGGGUGCUCAUUUUGAAGAACACAGUAUGAAGCUCCCAACAGUGAAGACAGAACAGUAUAAAUAGCAACCCAUCAGUGGUAGGUGUUUGUUCUUUCACUCAGUGGACUUCUGAUGAGUAACUACCAUGUGCCAGGCGUUAUUCCAGGCACUAAAGAAUGAAGCCAGGAGGGGGUGGUGUGGGAGUGGAGAUGCAUAUAAAGAGGAAUAAGGCAUAUGGCUGAGAUGCUGGACAGUUAACUCAGUAGGUCUCAGAUUCAUCAUCCACCUUUUAAUGUAGAGAUUCACAAACUACAAGCUGUGAGACCUUUGGGUGGAUGGCUGGUACUCUUCGCCAUCAUGUUGCAGUUGGUGGCAGCUUGCCCUGAGUCAUGUGUGGUGUGCACCAAAGAUGUAACCCUCUGUCACCAGCUAACCUAUAUAGUAGCAGCCCCUAUGACCACGAGGGUUUUAAUCAUCACUGAUGGAUAUCUGUCCUCUAUUGAAAGCACCAACCUGUCUCUCUUGUUUAAUCUUGCCCUGCUGUCUCUGAGCAGAAAUGGUAUCAAGGAUGUUCAGGAAGAUGCCCUAGAUGGCCUUACGAUGUUGCGGACUUUGUUGCUGGAGCACAACCAAAUAUCCAGCUCUUCGCUCACUGAUCACACCUUCAGCAAGCUUCACAGCCUGCAGGUGCUGGUGCUGAGCAAUAAUGCUCUCCGCACCCUACGAGGGUCUUGGUUCCGAAACACAAGGGGCCUGACCCGGCUCCAGCUGGAUGGGAAUCAGAUCACUAAUCUCACAGACAGUUCUUUUGGAGGCACGAAUCUCCACAGUCUCAGGCAUCUGGAUUUAUCCAACAAUUUUAUUUCCUACAUUGGGAAAGAUGCCUUCCGGCCCCUGCCUCAACUACAGGAAGUGGACCUUUCGCGAAAUAGGUUAGCCCACAUGCCGGAUGUUUUUACUCCACUGAAGCAGUUAAUCCAUCUGAGCUUAGAUAAGAACCAGUGGAGCUGCACUUGUGAUCUCCAUCCCCUUGCUCGGUUUUUAAGAAACUACAUUAAGUCUUCUGCUCACACGCUUAGGAAUGCCAAGGACCUAAAUUGUCAGCCAUCUACCGCAGCUGUGGCAGCUGCACAGAGUGUGCUGAGGCUGUCUGAGACCAACUGUGAUUCCAAAGCUCCCAACUUCACUCUGGUUCUAAAGGACAGAAGUCCCCUCCUCCCGGGACAAGAUGUGGCCCUGCUGACUGUCCUUGGCUUUGCAGGAGCUGUUGGUCUCACUUGCCUAGGUUUAGUUGUAUUUAACUGGAAACUCCAACAAGGCAAAGCAAAUGAACAUACAUCAGAAAACCUUUGUUGCAGAACCUUCAACGAACCCCCGUGUGCUCACGGGGCAAGAAAUUACCACACUAAGGGAUACUGUAACUGCCACUUAACCCAGGAAAACGAGAUAAAGAUCAUGUCCAUUGUGGGGUCCAGAAAGGAAAUGCCACUUUUACAGGAAAAUAGUCAUCAAGCAACAUCGGCCUCUGAGUCCACAACCUUUGAUGGAUCAUUUAGAAACCUGAAAAAGAAAGACCAUGGGGUAGGCAGCACUUUAUUUUGCCAGGAUGGUAGAUUGCUGCAUUCAAGGUGUUCACAGUCUCCUGGAAAUAUGACAGCUUUUAAUGAAGCAGGCUUACUUACAACAUAUAAUUCAAGGAAAGUUCAAAAGCUAAGGAAUCUUGAGUCUGAAGAAGUCCUGCCUCAAACUCUGCCACACCAUAUAAUAAGAACAGAAGAUAUCAGCAGUGACACAUUUAGAAGAAGAUAUGCAAUACCCGCUUCAGCCUUGGCAGGAGAAAGUCUUGAGAAGCAUUUAACAAAUGAAUCAUGGCAGCCUCCAAUAGAAAAAGAAGACAAUGGCUUACAACCUCAUAGGCAGAGACAUUUUAUUGCAAGCUCAUCAUCCAAGCCUUGUGAGCCUGAGGAACACUAUGUACAAAAGAUCGUACGAAAACAUAGAUCAAAAUAUUAUGAUCCUUGUGGACUGUUAAAACAGAGCAGACCUAGACAUUUUCAGCCAAACAAUUCUCUUAUCUGUAAAUAUGUGCCCUGUGAUCAAUUUGAAGAUUACAUGAAAGAAAAGCCAAAUCGUAGACAACACUCAAAGCCUGAGAAAGAGCAAAUCCAAAUUAACAGCGCAAUAGAAAAAUUUCUUAUGAGUGAGGACAACAUAGAUUUAUCAGGAUUAUCAACAAAAAUCAAGAAAGCAUAUUCCCCAAAGAGGGUUAGUGUCCAUGAUCCUGAUUUAGUAGAAAUAAAUAGGUCAAUAAUGUCACCCAAAACAUCAACCCCUUGGAAACAACAGAAAAAUCAAAGUAACCAGCUGACUAAGUUGGGUGUCAAAAACUGUAGCAACCCUGGGGAGAGAAACAAAGGAGAAAAAUGGUUUCCUAAUUCACGGGUUCUGAGAAGGAAGAGAACCCUUCAGUCUGACCUCAAAGGGAAGAUUAAAGGACGAAACUUAAAGAUAAAAUUAAAUUUACAUCCUUUUAGAAAAGUCAGAGUCCAUCCAGAAAAAUCCUUGUCAGGUCUCCCAAAGCAAUGCAAGCAAGUAUUGUUGCCUCCUAAGAAAUUAUCCAAAACUUCUGAGACAAAAGCCAAAAUAAAUACUGUGUCUUCUGCAGAUUUUCUUCAACAGUCAGAGAGUAGCAACUAUGUUAGACUCACUUCAAAGCGGCUGCCUCUGAAACAUGCCUCAAAGCAGACCCCAUAUUACCAACGAAACACUAAACGUGCCCCGCUGCUCAGUGCUAACAACUUGUCUGUAGUCAACCAGAGCUCUAUAGAAAGCAACUGUUAUUCAGCUGGCCACAUUCCUGAUGGAAACACAUCAACAUUGCCUCAGCCUACACCCACUGAUGCUGAGCACAGGCACUCACAUUCUCAAUUCUCAACUGAACAAAUGGAAGGUGCAACUCAGCUUGAAUCAAAAGUGCUUAGUUAUUUACCAACUACUUGGGAAAAUACAGGAAGUGAUGUUUUACCAUUCCAGCAUUCCACGGGGGCUACUGACCAACGGACAACGGAGUCCACUGAGCACAUGGGGCAGAAUGUAUCAAAGACCAGCGAGCUAAAUCAGUUUUCUUUGUCCCCGAGGAAUCAAACACAACUUUUAGAUGCUCACAAGACUGACAGCUACAACAAGGAAUACACUUUAGAUCAAAAUGAAGCCUUACAACACAGAGAGGAAAAUUCAACUCAUACACAACUUGGAGAUAAAGAAAAAACAUUAAUGACAAAACCCCAAAUACCACAUCAAAUUGUGGAAAAUUGUAUUACGGAUAAGGAAGAAAAUGAUGUAGAAAAAAAACUUUCAAAAACAGAAACUUGUGAUUCCUCUCUCAUUCCUCAAACACGAUCCAAGAACAACCUAUCAUUUAUGAAGACAAAUUCAAUUCCAUACCAAAAUAGAAUAGAACUUCCCAAGGAUAUCAGUACUUCUCCUGUUAGUAGUCAAGCCAUUUGGCACCUAACCAAUAGUAGCGAAAAAGGAAUUGACAGCACAAAUGCAUUGCCCAGAAAUGACGGCACUGAAGCACUAGAGAUAAAAAUAGUAGGGAAAGAAGAGAAAAAUAUGCUUGAUGAAAGCAAGACAGAUUCUAGUAUGUUAAUUCAGAUCACACAAAUGACCUUAAAAGGCACCACAAAAGAAAGGCAGCAAACUUGGGAAAAUGGAACAAGUGUAAAACAUGUAUUAUAUGAUGCAAGCUCUGCCGAGGAGACCAUUACAGCUAAAGAUUUAAGUAUCACAAGUUCCCAUGAAACCCAAAAUAGAAUACUUUGCAGUGAAGUAGAUCCUGAAAUUAACAGUAAUAUGCAUAAUUUUAGAGAAUUUCAAAAUAUUCAACCAGAUAAAGAUAGUGCAUACAAAGAAGGCGCAAUGACAGUGGAGACACAUGAAGCACUUUCCUUCUUACCAGGGUUAAAAGACAGUUUUGAGGCAGAAAAUGAAGUGUUUUUAGUUCCUAGCAGAAUAAAUGAAGCUGAAAACUCUGCUCCAAAACCUGCACUGUAUCCACCAUCUGCUGAAUAUGCUACUACAUCACCUUUAGAAGCAGAAUAAAGUGAAGAAAAUAACUCAAAUAGUAAUUAUUUUCUACUUUAGCUUUCUUCAAGAGGACACACAAACACCCCUUAGCCUUUGCAUGCAUUACAAAUGCAUCAUUUUGGAGGAUAACGAUGUCCUCAGUAGCUCUUUGUUAUCAAUAAAAUAAAACCACAGAGUUGAAUAUAUGACAAAAAUCAAAGAUGGAGUCAUAUGAUACGUCUGACACAAUUAACUGAGUAUGCUUCUCUAAGGAAUGAAAAACCAAGUAAGAAAAGUUUGGCCAAGUCUUGCAAAAGCAAGCAAACAUUGAAAAAGCAAAAAAACAAAAGCCUCAAAAAAAGGAAAGACUACAUAAGAAGAGUAUUUGAGCAGAUUUACAUUUGAUGUUUAUUUUAUGUAAAUUAUUAUACACAUCUCAAUUAGUGGUAUUACAAUAUUGCUUUCUACAUGGAUAAUUAUAUAUUCAUAUUUGUGUUUGAUCUGUUUUCCUAAUUAUAGUAUGAAAAUAAAAAUUCAGCUUUGUUAACUGUAGUCUAACUGAUAUGCAUAUUGGCAUAUUUCAUACAUUUGCAAUUGUCCUGUUGACAAUUAUCUUAGAUUUAAGUAGAAGUCUUUAAAACCUGUUAUUUCUCUAAGAGAAAAAAGUUAAGGAUUUCCAGGGAUAGUUGGCUGUUUUCAUAAAAAUCUGCAAAAUCCAAUAAAUCCACUAGGUGGAGAGCUCAGCUUCAAUCAUUUUAGAAGAACAGGGCUUGAAGAUCAACACAAUGGAUCCUGAACAAAAGGAAUUUUAAUGAGCUUUAUUGCCAAUUGUUAUUAAUUUAAGAUUUUGAAAACUAAAUAACCUAUUAGUACAUAGCUUUCAAGGUUUGAUCUCUUGGGUUUCGCAUGCCGCUAUUGUUUGGAGUGAGAACUCCUCCUUGUACACUGGAAUUAAAUGUGAAUAUAAAUAUUACAUUUAAAAAUAGUAGCAGAACAAACAUGUCUCAUUCAAAGCCAUGCUUAUUUGAAAAAUAUAUAUAGGGAUUCAAAUAAUUUAAUUAUUGAGACCACUGUAAAAAAUAUUUAAAGCAUACCUUCACGGUUUAGAAUAUUAUCAUAUUUUACAUUUUUUAGUAGGGGAACAAAAAGGUUAAAAGGGAAACAAACUUCCUUUUCUCGUAUCUGUAUACCUGUCUAGGUCUAUACAUCUUUAUAUCUACAUUUGGUAUAAUAAUAAUAAUAAAUAAGCUUUGUAAACCUUAAAAGAUUAUUAGAACAAUAUAAAUAUAGCCCACAUACCUCACCUCUUUUGUUUCCCUUUCUAUUCAGAAUUGCUAGGAAAUGACUUAAGUUUCUUAUUUUGAAAGUUCCUAAACUUCUUACCUCUCUUUGUCUUUUCUCACCAAUAUUCAAGACUUUAUUGCUUUUAAUCCUAAUUCCUCCGGUAUUUCUGUUCAUUAUCUCUGCUUGAGCUUCACUCCUAUGCCACCUAUCUGCCUUGCUUGAUCCCACUUUAUUUUUAAAGCACCUUUAAGGUGAGUGAGAGAAGUAUCUAUGCCAACUUCUUGCAUGAUAAGUUUAUUCCACCCUAAUUGACGGCUUCUUCAUCUUUGUAGACCAGGUCACUUUUUUUUUCUUGGUAGCUAUCUUUCCUUUUCCUUUUUCUUUUUUUCCUACUUUAAAGCACUGUCACCUUACUGCAGCACCUUUAGCUUUGUUCUCUCUCCUCUCGCUGCCAACAAUAUCCCUGAUAUCUAGAGGCCUAAUGAGUACUCUUGGUCACUAGCUGACUCUCAGGAGGCAGCAGUGCUAGUUCUCCUGGUCUCUUCUCCCUUCCAUUUCUGAAAUCCAGUCUUUUAUCUCUUUAUGAUGUUUUCUUUGAAAUCGUUCUCAGGUUUACCCUUGCCCUUGAAUCUCCAUGGUAACCAUUGUAGUCUGUGUGUUGUAAUCAACUGGAUUACUCAAACAGCAAUCCAGCUGGCUGCUCCAACUUCACUGUCUUUUGCUUGAGUUUCAACCCAUCAGUUCUCUAUCUUUGUUGGGCACAAAUCACCUGGCGUGCUUGUUAAAAUGUGGUGUUUCAGGCUCUAUGUCAGAGAUUUUCAUUCAGUAAACCUAGGAUAGGGCCCCGGAAUCUUUAUUUCAACAAACAUUCUAAGGUAAUCUGUAACCCACAGUUCACAGCCACAUAUUAAGAAACAAUGCUCAGCUAUUCCGGGGAGCAUUAGAAGAUAAUUUGGCGCUUGCCUUACUAUAGGAGCUACAUACAAUUUUUUAAGUAAGUAAAUAAAUCCUUUGUAUCAAACUCAGAUGAACUUUCUAAAAAAUUACUUUUAUCUUUUCAUUGCUUUAGAGAUAAAAAUAUAAUUGCCGAAAUUCCAUGUCCAAAUUUCCUGUUCUCGUUUCCAAAAUCUGUCACUAUCUAAUAUCAGGGUUUUUUUUUUUUUUAACCUCUUACUGUUUUCCAACCUUCUCCCAUCUUCAAUAGACUGGUCUUCUUACUCUCCUCAAUGUUCUAGUUUAUGAAUUUUGACUAAGAAGACACCUUGGAGAAAAUACUGUGCUUCAAAUUCAAGGAAUGAGGUAAAGACAGAUAUACAAGAAAAAAUGAGAAGCAAAGUUGAUAACCUAGAAAGUAAUGACCAGGAUAGCAUGAUGUUAGUGGUUAGUGUCCUCCAUCUAAAGAAGAACUUGUUUCAAAUAAUGCCUGAUACAGAGAUUUAACCUCUCCAUGACUACAAUGUUGCAACUACUACCAGUCUUUCCCUUGUAUCUGUUCUCCCAGUGAAUUUUCACAUGUUCUGGUUGCUUAGACUGUUCUUUCUCACCAAGCUGUCUUCUUUCAGAAAACUCCUGUUUAUGAUUUCAGCUCAGGUGUUACUCUUUUUGGGAAGCCUUCACUAACCUACAUUCUGUCUUUGUCCCCCAACUUGCUAGUAGUAUUCUUUUAGUAUAUAUUCUCACAGAAUUUUGUCUUUCUUAAUCUUGGCAGGUAACUAUAGAAUCAUUAAUGUGUUUAUUCAAUCAAUCUCCAUAUAACUACCAGGUCUUAAACUCCAUUUAAGUUAAGAGUUUCCAUCUCUAUUGAAUCCCUUGCCCCUAUCCGUAGGAGGUAUACAGGAGGAACCCAGCAAAUAAUUGUUGAAGGAAAUAAUGAAAAAUAGCCCAUUGUUUCCUUUUCUUUGCCACUCAGCUUGCUGACAUGGUAAAGACCUUACUUGGCAAUUAAGGAAGCCUCAAGUGUGUCACAUACAGAAGCAGCUCAACUUCACAAUACUGAGGUGGUUGCCAGAGCCAAGUCAGGCUGGACUUACUUGCAGAACCACAUAUCGCAAGUCAGUUGAAGACUUUGCUUUCCUAAUAUGCUUUUUCUCCGUCUUCCCCUCUGCAUCUCAUCAGCAGAACAAAGACUCUGUGCUGAUAGCAACACAACUUUUCUACUAAGCAAUCGAUUUUUGUUCUUCUUUUUUUUUUUUUAGCAUUAUCCUUCUUUGGCCAUGUUCCAAUUUCUGUUUCUCAUUUCCCAACCUUUUCCUUAAGACAUCCAUUCUAUCCAAAAAAUGCUUUUAGGACCUGCCAAUGACUUACCUUUAUCUUGAAAUUAGAAAUUCCACACGCCUGUUAUCUAUAAUUAUGAAGAGGCACUUCAUCAAAGCAAAAGGGAUUCCCUUGAUUGUUAUUUGAUGGUAAACUUUGUCAUAGCUCACAUCCCACAGAGAGAAGCAAAUUCUAGAAUAGGUGCUUGACAUACUUUUUCUGAGAAAAUAUGCCUGAAGUUCAUACUGAAAUACAAGAAAAGGUUUUCCUAAACUAUUUUAUGUGAUGCAAUUUUCAAGAAGAAAUUUUCUGGACAUCGAAAUUCAGAUGCAGGGAUUGAAGGCACUGAUACGCAAUAGUGGUAUUCAUUCAUUUACUCAACAAACAUUCUUGAGCAUCUAACUUUAGAUGUUAGUGUUAUAGCAGUGAACAAAAUAAAACAAAACAAAAAGCCCCUGCUUUCAUGGAGCUAACAUUUUGGUAGUGAUGGAAGAUUCUAAACAAAUAAACAUGUAACAUAUCAGGUUGAAUGGCCAGGAUAAGAGGUUAUCUUCUGAGAUACUCAAUCCGUCCCAAAACGAUCUUCAUUUUUUCUUCUUAAGAAAAAAUGAGACUGGGUAAUGACUUGGUCUGGAUUUUGCCUUUAGGAAAAGAAUGGAAAGCUUGCUUUCUCUUUUCAAACAUCUAGACUGGGGCUUAUCCUAUUUCUCCUAAGUGAUUUCCUGAAAUAAUAACAGCCUCACUUUAUCUAUUCUCUUGUUGAAGAGAGAUAAAGGGCCUAGGAAGGAUCAGAAACAAAGUUAUAUUUUAAGAGGACAAUAACUAGAAUGGCUUAGGAUGGCAAAAUGAGAACCAUUAGGUCUUUAUGUAUGAGGUCUUCCAGUGUGAAGAAUGCAAACUAAUAUUCUCCACUCUGAGCAAUGGAAUCAAUGGAUUGGUAUCAAAACACAGAGAUUUUAAUAGACAACAAAAUAUACUGGCAGAAAGAUUACUAGGCACUGGACUGGACUGUGUUACUAGGAAAGAAGUUGUACAAUCUCCUCUGUGAAUCUCUGAGAACAAAGCAGGCAUAACCUGUCUGCACACUUAAGAAUCCUUUCUUGCAGGCGGAUUGUCUGGAAUUUCAUUCUGUGAUAAUAUUCCCUCACUAUUCUUUUAGACCUAUGACCAUAUUUAAAAAUUUAUUUUACUGUUUAUAUAUCCUUUCCAUAACAUUGAUCACUCCAUUUGAAUUCUAAGUCUGUGCUGUUAACCACAUCAUAAUACUGUCACUCAGAAAGUUAGAGAGGGAUUAGGACCCAGGUCUUCUGCCUCCCACAGUGCUCCUGAAGACCACCUAUUCUGAGGCCUGCCUCAUGUUUAAAAGCCAACACAAAUCCAUCCUGUGCCAAAUUUCUUGCUUUGGGAAAUGACUAAGUGUGGCUCACGCACAGUUAAUAAAAAUUGCAGCUGAGAUGAGACUGUGAGUCAUCUGUCAUACCCUGGUCUCUCUUUUACUAAUCAGUUGUGAGAAACGUUUCAAAAUCAGAAAGCAGCAGCUAAGAAAUAUGAGAUACUCAGACUUCUUGAGGCAAUUAGAGACUAAAGAGCAGAAGGCAAAUCAGUCUUCCCGCCUUGACAGUCUUAAAAUACACACUGAAAGUAGACUUUGGAGUUAUACUAUUUGCGACAGAUUUUGACCAUAACACAUUUUCUAAGAGGAAAUAAAAA